UUGAUCCGAACCGGGUUAACCAGACUCAAAUCAACGAAAAAAUUGGCCCAAAAAUCAGUAACUAAAGCCCUAGAAAUUAUCGGGCCGGGUUCGAUUUUGGUUUUGACACCCUUAACGUAGAUAGAUAUGAAGGCAUAAAGGCAAAACAGGUAAGGAGGAGAAAGGCAUCGGAGAAGAAAAUGGAGGAAUCAAUUGAAGGAUCCCUUGUGGCGCCCAUCAUAUUCCUUAUUGUUGUCGCCGUUCAGUAUUUCUCCCGCUAUGUCCAACUCAAUACAAGUAGAGUUGCAGUAAAUGCCGAGGAGUUGAAGUUGCGGGCAGAAAUUAAGCAGCUGUUAAAGGAAGCGAAUGCGAUGCACAGCCUUCAACGUUUGCACAAGCUGCGAAAAUAAGGAGGACGGCAGCAGCCAAGGAGCAUGAACUUGCAAAAAACCACGAAAAGCUCAUGAAAGAGCUGAAAUCGUCAUAUGAUACACACUCAAAGGCCCUCAUGGUCAUAAAGAUCUUGACUUACUUCUUGCUGAUUAUCUGGUUUUGGAGUAUCCCUGUGGCUUCCAUACCUAAGCAGCUCUUUCAACCUUUCGGUAAGAUUUUGUCUUGGCGAGCUGGAGGUCCAGCAAAUGAAAACGUUAUGGUGGGAGUCAUUCCAUGGUUGAUAUUGUCCACUAGACUCAGCAAACUUAUCUGCAGGAAAAUAUUCAAAUAGGAGAGUAUAAGACUGGAUUUACAUCUGUCGAAAAGAACCAAGAUGGACAGUCUACUGAUGUGUAUUUAUUUGAUUGGAAUUAAUGUUAACAUCUGUAAAUGAAUUUUGUUCCUAUCAUUUUUGGUGUGAGGAGUAACUCCUAAA